GUCCCUGCGGGGAAGCUGGGAGGUCGGAGGCCUGGGGAGGCGGGGUCCUGGGGCGGUGGCGGUCCGGAGUCUAGGCGACGGGGCGCGACGGGGCGAGACGGGGCCGGUAGGUGGCGGGAGGGGGCCGGGCCGGAGCCGGCGGGAGGGCCAGGCCCGGAGGCUCCCACCCUGGCGUACGGUCCCCGGCCGCGGCCGAGGAGGAGGAGGAGCAUGAUCUCCAGAUACACUCGAAAGGCCGUGCCGCAGAGCUCGGAGCUGAAAAGAAUAACAAAACAUGGUCUUAAUCAUCAUCCCCCUCCAGAGCAGCUGGAUGAAAUUUCCUCUACCAGUGACAACCAUGAAAAAGACACAAGUUCUCAAAGUGAAUCUGACAUCACUCAAGAAUCACCUUUUACAUCAGCCAACACCGGGAAAUCAAGGUCUGCUUUUCCAAGUUUUACAGGCACAGGGAUUUCUACUGAAGGCAGCUCGGACUUCUCCUUGGGAUAUGGUGAACUUGAUCAAACUGCCACUGAAAAAGUCCAGGCAAUGUUCACAGCCAUUGAUGAGCUCUUAUAUGAGCAGAAGUUGAGUGUGCAUACAAAGAUUCUACAAGUAGAGUGCCAACAGUGGACAACUAGCUUUCCUCACCUCAGGAUUCGAGGUAGGCAGAUAAUUGCUCCAAGUGAAGAUUAUGGAUUGUAUCCUAGAUCCCCUUCUGUUUCAGCUUCAUACGAAGCAACCCUGUCUCAAGAAAGAGAUUCUACUAUAUUUGGUAUAAGAGGAAAGAAGUUACACUUUUCAUCUUCUUAUGCUCAUAAAGCAUAUUCCAUUGCCAAAUCCCCCAGCUUAUGUUCUAUGGAAAGAGAAGAGGAAGACUGUAUAAUCUCGGAAGGAAUAAUUGAGGAAUACCUAGCAUUCGACCACACAGAUAUGGAAGAGGAGUUUCAUGGAGAGAAAUCAGAAGCAGAUACAGAGAAACAGAAAUUAGGGUAUCCUCCCAUUGUUCCAUUUUACUGCAUGAAAGAGGAUGUCCUUGCUUAUGUGUUUGACAUUGUCUGGAGCAAGGCUGUGGGCUGUAUGGAACAGUUGACACGCAGUCAUUGGGAGGGUUUUGCUUCUGAUGAAGAGGGUAAUGUUGCAAUCACCAGGCCAGAUUCAGAGAGUCCCUGUGUGCUGAGUGAACCACACCCUUUGGUGUUGCCAAGAGUGCCACAGUCUAAGGUGCUGUCCAUCACCUCAAAUCCGAUGAAUCUCUGUCAAGCAAGUGGUCAUCAGCCAAAUGUGAAUGGUCUCUUGGUUCAUGGGAUGCCUCUCCAGCCAAGAAAUCUCUCUCUAAUGGACAAGCUCCUAGAUCUUGAUGACAAGCUACUUAUGAGGCCUGGGUCAAGUACCAUCCUUUCAACCCGAAAUUGGCUAAAUCGAGCCAUGGAGUUUAGCACAUCGUGUCUGUCAUAUACAGUGCAGUCCGCAAGGAGACGCAAUCCCCUGCCGCGUACCCUUCAUCCCAUUAGCACAAGCCAUUCACGUGCUGGAACGCCAAGACCUGUGGAAGAGCUCCUCAGAGGAUCCCGAAUCCCAGUGGCAGCCGACUCACUCUCCUCCCCCUCACCGAUGCCCCUGAGUCGAAAUAAUCUGCUGCCACCUAUUGGCACAGUUGAAGCUGAACAUCUGAGCACUGUGGGGCCACAAAAGCAAACGAAACCCCAUAGUGAUUCCAGUCGAGCUCGAAGUGCAGUGGUGGAUGAACCCAACUAUCAGCACCCCCAAGAGAGGCUCCUUUUACCUGACUUUUUCUCCAGGCCCAACACAACGCAGUCAUUUUUGCUGGACACGCAGCAGCAUCGUUCACGUGCAGCCGAGUAUCCUCAUCAGGCCCGACCUGGUAGGGGAUCUGCAGGUCCUCAGUUACAUGGGUCUACAAAAUCUCAAAGCAGAGGUGGACCAGUCUCUAGAAACAGGCAGGGACGAUAGGGAAAUGAGAAGAACGCAUCAGGCUGCACGGAACACGUGGGAAGAAUUCAUGAAUCAGUGUUCAGUCAUGGAGUGAUGUAGAACUUGUAUACAAGAUCAACUUGAAACCAUCUUCAUGAAGAGUUAUUUUGGUACAACUGACUGUGAAAAACACAACAAAGUAUCCGCCAAAGAUUACACGGAUACUGUUUCUAUAUCCAGUUACUGUCUUCUUGCAGCAUAAAUUAACCCAUUCCACUGGACAGUAAAGUUUGUAUCCAAAAAUGUAACAAUGGAAAAUACCCAAAUCACUGCUCAUGUUGUCUGUUAAACAAUGACCAGUUCAAUUAUUAUAGGUUUCUAGGAGAUUACACAUACAUGAAAAGCAGCAAAUGACUGUUUGAUAACAAUAUUAUUGGCUUUAGAAUACUUCUGCAUGUAUUAAUUUCUGGAAAGCUGUAACUAAGUUCUAAGUCAUUUUUAAGAGACGGUGCUGUCAAAAAUCCAACCUACUCAUCAACAGAUGUCAUUCCAUAGCUUUCUCUUUACAUGUCCAAUCCUAUCAGCAGAUAAAAAUGUAAGGGGUGAGUAAUUAAAGACAUAAAUAUUAAACACUGGUGUAAAAUAACUUAUGUAAUAAAUCAUAUUGCAUAUUUUUUUUUCAGAUAGGACAACUGAACCUUACAAUGCCUGUCUGAUAUCAGGUUAUGCUUAUUUUCUCUAUAAAUUACUGGUCAUAUUUUUUUUUUCCGAAUAUUAAACUCACCUUGCCAUAUUUUCUCCUAUAGCUCUAAGAAAGUCAAUUAAAAAAUAAUUUGUAGGGUCUAUUAGUGAGCCACCAAGGUACAAUUCCUUAAAAAUUUAUGAAACCCUGGCAGUCCAGCACAAACAUGUCCUAAGAGCAGCAGAAUUAGAGGUUCAGCAUUCUUAUUUUACCACAGGCCUUUUCCUGAGGGCACUCAUGAAUGCAGCAAUGGUUUGAACUAUGGCUUUAUUUUAUUUAAAUUUCACUGAACACUAAUCUUUUAUCAUAUCAGUUUUAAAUGUAAUUGUUAAUUUUCAGAGUGGAUAAAUUCAAAUGAUCAUAAAUUGGGAUAACUUUUUAUCAUACCAAGCUGUUCUAAUGUUAUCAUACAAAGACAGAUGCUUCAGACAACCCACGUUAAAUUAUAUUUUUAAUACAAUUAAAGAGUAUUUUUUAACCUGUUUGUAAUCACAAACUGAAAAUGUGU